CGGGUCCGCAGAACUUCUCCGGGAUCCCAGGUGAGGCGUGUGUGUGUGUGUGUGUGUGUGUGUGUGUGUGUGUGUGUGUGUGUGUGUGUGUGUGUGUGUGUGUGUGUCCGCCAUGGCUCACGCGGCCUCCCAGCUGAAGAAGAAUCGGGGGGAAGUGGAUGUGAAUGCGUUGGAGGAUGAGAAGGAGAAGCGGAGGAAGAGCAGGAGAGCCAUGUCCCGCGAGCAGAAGAGAAAGUCUGACAGCAAUGCCAGUUACCUGAGAGCUGCCCGGGCGGGAAACCUCGAGAAGGUCCUUGACUACCUCAAGUCCGGGGUUGAGAUUAACAUUUGCAAUCAGAAUGGUCUGAAUGCGCUCCAUCUGGCCUCCAAGGAGGGACACGUGGAGGUUGUGGCCGAGCUGCUGAAACUAGAAGCCGCCGUGGAUGCAGCGACUAAGAAAGGAAACACCGCCCUGCACAUCGCCUCGCUGGCCGGACAAGCGGACGUGGUCAAAGAGCUGGUCACCAAUGCAGCCAAUGUCAACGCACAAUCCCAGAAUGGCUUCACUCCUCUCUACAUGGCGGCCCAGGAGAACCACCUGGAGGUGGUGCGCUUCCUUCUGGAGAACAGCGCCAGCCAGAGUAUGGCCACCGAGGACGGCUUCACCCCCCUGGCGGUGGCCCUCCAGCAGGGCCACGACCAGGUGGUCUCCCUGCUGCUGGAGAACGACACCAAGGGCAAAGUGCGUCUGCCCGCCCUGCACAUCGCCGCCCGCAAGGACGACACCAAGGCGGCGGCCCUGCUCCUCCAGAACGACCACAACGCCGACGUGGAGUCCAAGAUGAUGAAUAGAACCACAGAGAGUGGCUUCACCCCACUUCACAUCGCGGCCCACUAUGGCAACAUUAACGUGGCCACGCUGCUGCUGAACAGAGGAGCCGCCGUAGACUUCAUGGCCAGGAAUGACAUCACGCCGCUCCACGUGGCCUCCAAGAGGGGCAACAGCAACAUGGUCAAGCUGCUGCUGGACCGAGGCUCCAAAAUAGAAGCCAAGACCAAGGACGGCCUAACUCCUCUUCACUGCGGAGCGAGGAGCGGCCAUGCCCAGGUGGUGGAAAUCCUGCUGGAUCGAGGAGCUCCGGUGCUGUCCAAGACCAAGAACGGCCUGUCCGCGCUGCACAUGGCCACUCAGGGCGACCACCUCAACUGUGUGCAGUUCUUGCUGCAGCACGACGUCCCCGUGGACGACGUCACCAACGACUACCUGACGGCGCUGCACGUGGCCGCCCACUGCGGACACUACAAGGUGGCCAAGCUCAUCGUGGACAAGAAGGCCAACCCCAACGCCAAGGCCUUGAAUGGUUUCACUCCUCUGCACAUCGCCUGCAAGAAGAACCGAGUCAAAGUGAUGGAGCUCUUGCUCAAACAUGGAGCCUCCAUCCAGGCGGUGACUGAGUCUGGCCUGACGCCCAUCCACGUGGCAGCCUUCAUGGGCCACGAGAACAUCGUACAUGCCCUCACCAACCACGGCGCUUCACCCAACACCACCAACGUGAGGGGCGAGACAGCCCUCCAUAUGGCAGCCAGAGCGGGCCAGGCCGACGUGGUCCGAUACCUGCUCAAGAACGGAGCCAAAGUGGAGACCAAGUCCAAGGACGACCAGACGGCGCUGCACAUCUCCAGUCGCUUGGGGAAGGUGGACAUCGUGCAACAGCUGCUGCAGUCCGGCGCCUCCGCCAACGCCGCCACCACCUCAGGGUACACGCCUCUACACCUGGCGGCCCGAGAAGGACACCAGGAUGUGGCCACCAUGUUGCUGGAGAACGGAGCGUCCAUGUCGUCCUCCACCAAGAAGGGCUUCAGUCCGCUGCACGUGGCAGCAAAGUACGGCAAGAUGGAGGUGGCCAGUCUGCUCCUGCAGAAGAGAGCCGCUCCUGAUGCCGCCGGCAAGAGCGGCCUCACUCCACUGCAUGUAGCCGCUCACUACGAUAAUCAGAGAGUAGCGCUGCUGCUGCUGGAUCAGGGAGCGUCCCCGCACGCCGCCGCCAAGAACGGCUACACGCCGCUCCACAUCGCAGCCAAAAAGAACCAAAUGGACAUCGGCACCACGCUGCUGGAGUACGGCGCCGACACCAACGCCAUGACGCGGCAGGGCAUCAGCCCCAUCCACCUGGCGGCGCAGGAGGGCAGCGUGGACUUGGUGUCGCUGCUUCUGGCCAAGAGCGCCGCUGUCAACAUCUGCAAUAAGAGCGGACUUACGCCGCUCCACCUCGCCGCUCAGGAGGACAAGGUCAACGUGGCAGAAGUCCUCCUCAACCACGGCGCUGACGUCAGCCCACAAACUAAGAUGGGCUACACGCCGCUGCAUGUGGCUUGUCACUAUGGCAACGCCAAGAUGGCCAACUUCCUCAUGCAGAAUCACGCCAGAGUCAACGGCAAAACCAAGAGCGGUUACACACCUCUGCACCAGGCGGCGCAGCAGGGCCACACCCACAUCAUCAACCUCCUCCUCCAGCACGGCGCCUCGGCCAGCGACCUCACCACGAAUGGCAACACGGCGCUGUCCAUGGCCCGUCGCCUAGGUUACAUCUCGGUGGUGGACACCCUGAAGCCUGUGACGGACGAAAACCUCAACACUGUGAGCACAGCCGAGAAACACAAAGUCAACGUCCCCGAGACCAUGAACGAGUUCCUGGACAUGUCCGAUGACGAAGCUUGGGCCAACGUGCCUGAAAGGCUGGAUGAGGACUCUUUGUCAGAUGACCAUGAAGGUGAGGAUGCUCUAACUGGGGACACGGACAAGUACCUGCGGCCCCAGGACCUGAAAGAGCUGGGGGACGACUCUCUGCCCCAUGAGGGCUACUUGGGCUUCAGCAUCGGCGCCCGCUCAGCAAGCCCUAGAAUCAGUUCGGAUAGGUCCAACACCCUCAACCGCAGCUCCUUCGCCCGCGACAGCAUGAUGAUCGAGGAGAUCCUGGCGCCCACCAAGGACACGCUUCAGAGUGUCUGUAAAGACAUUUCCUACCUGGUGGACCCGCUCAAUAAGCACUUGGCCGUGACCCGAGACUACAACUCUGAUUGUAUGCGGCGCUACAGCUGGACUCCAGACAUGGUGGACCACAGCCACAACAUCGCGUCCAGCCCUAUCCACUCCGGGUUCCUGGUCAGUUUCAUGGUGGACGCCCGUGGCGGGUCCAUGAGGGGCAGCCGCCACAACGGCAUGCGCAUCAUCAUCCCGCCCAGGAAGUGCACGGCACCCACGCGCAUCACCUGUCGGCUGGCCAAGAGGCACAAGCUGGCCUACCCGCCACCCAUGGUGGAAGGGGAGGGCCUGGUCAGCCGACUGGUGGAGGUCGGCCCGGCCGGGGCUCAGUUUCUGGGUCCCGUCAUUGUGGAGAUUCCUCAUUUCGGUUCCAUGCGGGAGAAAGAGCGGGAACUGAUCGUGUUGAGGAGCGACAACGGCGACACGUGGAGGGAACACCAGCUGGACUCCACCCAAGAAGAACUCUCGGAGCUGCUGACCGGGAUGGAUGAAGAGUUGGACAGCCCUAUCGAGUUGGAGAAGAAGCGUAUUUGCCGCAUCGUGACCAGAGACUUCCCGCAGUACUUCGCCGUGGUGUCCAGGAUCAAGCAGGAGUCCAACCACAUGGGUCCUGACGGAGGAGUCCUGUCCAGCAGCACCGUGCCUAUGGUCCAGGCCUCCUUCCCACAGGGGGCGCUGACCAAAAAGAUCCGCGUCGGCCUGCAGGCCCAGCCGGUCCCGGAUGACCUGGUGAGGGCGGUGCUGGGGAACAGAGCCACCUUCAGUCCCAUCGUCACGGUGGAGCCCAGGAGGAGGAAGUUCCACAAACCCAUCACCAUGACCAUACCCGUGCCGCCUCGCUCCGCAGAAGGACAUCCCAGCGGUCGGCGGGGAGACGCCGCGCCGUGUUUGCGUUUGCUGUGCAGCAUCACAGGAGGGACGUCCCCCGCCCAGUGGGAGGACAUCACGGGAACCACACCGCUGUCCUUCGUCACCGAUUGUGUCUCCUUCACCACAAAUGUGUCGGCCAGGUUCUGGCUGGCAGACUGUCACCAGAUUCCUGAGACGGUGAGUCUGGCGUCUCAGUUAUACCGGGAGCUGAUCUGCGUGCCGUACCUGGCCAAGUUUGUGGUCUUCGCCAAGACCAACGAUCCGGUCGAGGCUCGCCUUCGCUGCUUUUGCAUGACGGACGACAAAGUGGACAAGACGCUGGAGCAGCAGGAGAACUUUGAAGAAGUGGCGCGCAGUAAAGACAUCGAGGUUCUGGAGGGCAAGCCCAUCCACGUGGAUUGCUAUGGCAACCUGUCUCCUCUCGCCAAAAGUGGGCAGCAGCUGGUUUUUAAUUUCUACUCCUUCAAGGAAAACCGUCUUCCUUUCAACGUGAAGAUCAGGGACUUGGGCCAAGAGCCGUGUGGACGCCUUUCCUUCCUGAAGGAGCCCAAAAGCUCAAAAGGUGUCACACAGGCGGCCAUUUGCAAUUUGAACAUCACACUGCCCGCGCACAGGAAGGAUGUGGAGUCUGAUCCUGAUGAUGAGACUGAAAAGCCCGAGCGACGCCAUACCUUUGCCUCCUUAGCUUUGCGUAAGCGCUACAGCUAUUUGACCGACCCUGCGGCCAAAACACCUGAUCGAAGUCCGCAAAGAGCACAGCCUUCUGGCAACCCUCACAAACCUGUCUUUCCAACGAGAUCUUAUCAGGCGUGGUCGCCUGUUCCUGUCGCCGUCGCUGGCCAAGCCAAGUCUGGGUUUGGCUCCCUCUCCAGCUCGUCAUCCAACACGCCUUCUGCCUCUCCACUGAAGUCUGUCUGGUCCAUCAACUCGGCCUCCCCCGUUAAAACAAACAUUACCGGAUCGCCCUCGUCUGUUAAUAAGUCAGUUAGUGACGCGGCCUCCCCCAUCCGGUCUUACAGAACAAUCUCCUCUCCUAUAAAAACUGUAGUCCAGCAGCAUGCUCAGUACCCAAGCCAAGUGGCUCCGAGUCACCUGGCGUCGCCUGCAAAAAGUGCUUCAGCCAGGACCUCCCCUAUACCCACGUCUGCAGGAGGAGGUUCUCUUCUUGAGAGGACAUCAAUAGCCAUGACACCUCCAACAUCUCCCAAAUCGUCUUUAAGUAUGUUCAGUUCACCCCUGGCAUACAAGACCGGUGUGGGGGGAUCCGCCGGUCCGGUAUCGUCGUCAUCCUCACCAAUCAAAACCGUCCCUGGCCUCUCCUCUGUUCGUUCCUUUUCCUCAGAUGCGCCAGGCCCGCCAAGGAACCUCUUCUCCUCUCUGUCGUCACCUCUCAAAUCCAACCCCCCUCAAAGUGCUGCAGCUCUGAUCAAUGGAACAGCGCCGCAAGUACAGUACCGUUCCUCCUCCCCGACCUCUCUCCUCGCCAGCAGCCUCCAAGAAAGAAUACAAGCAACCACCAACGCUGCAACCACCAGUGUCAACGCAGCAUUUGAUGAGGUUGAAAAAACAUUAAAUUCUUGCUCGGCUGGCUACGGCACCUUAAAGUCUUUGUCCUCGUCUGCUUCGUCCUCGUAUCAGUCCAUUAGAUCCUCAGCUUCUAGUUCCCUUUACAACUCGCUAAGAUCCCCUCCGAGUGCCACCACUGCUGCAACCUCCAACACAGUGACGGUUCCAGUGUAUUCUGUUAUAAACGUACUGCCAGAGCCACAGUUUAAGAAGUUGCCAGAGGUGUCCAGGUCAACUGCUGCCAUUCUGUCCCCACGCAAAGCUGUUCCCCCUGAAAUGAAUCCCCAGUUACAGUCAUCCUUAGCAAGAACUCUUUCCCCAACCAAAUCUUCUCAUCUCCCCUCUGGUUUGAAGUCAAACACAACAUCCCCGUUGUCAUCCAGUCAAGAAAUCCUGAAAGAUGUCGCUGACAUGAAAGAGGACCUCAUAAGAAUGUCAGCCAUUUUGCAGACCGACCCAAGUUCCACAGCCAAUAAAAGUUUUCCGUCUGGUUCAGCAGCAAAGGUAGAAGACGAAGAGCCAUAUAGGAUUGUGGAGAGAGUAAAACAAGAUCUGGUGAAAGUAAGUGAAAUCCUUACUCAAGACACCGCAAAAGAUUCCACAGCAAGGGGGAGCUUGGAUGAUAUCCGCUUCUCAAAAGUACCGGUGGAACAACCACCAAGCAACUGGAGCUAUCCCCCAAGAUACGAGACUGUGGUCCCUCAAGCAAAAGCAAAACCAGUACAAGAUAGAGACUUCAAUCUCUCUAAAGUCGUCGACUACCUGGUCAACGAUGUCGGUAGUAGUUCUUUCUCCAAAAUGCAUACGGUGGAGGAGGGGAAAAGAGAAGCGGAUGGCAAGGAGAAGCAAAAACGUGUCUUGAAACCCACCAUGGCAGUUCAGGAGCAAAAGCUGAAAAUGCCUCCAACAACCAUGCGAGCUUCACCUUCAGACAAAGAACUGAGUAAAGUAGCAGAUGCACUUUUUGGUGCUGACACCGUGCUGGAAUCCCCUGAUGAUAUAUCUCAUGAACAAGAUAAAAGUCCCCUCUCAGACAGUGGCUUUGAGACUAGAAGUGAAAGAACACCCUCUGCCCCCCAGAGCGCUGAAGGCAUGGGUCCAAAGGCCCCCUUUCAGGACAUCCCAGCCCCCCCAAUGAUCACUGAGACAAGGACUGAAGUUGUUCAUGUCAUCAGGAGCUAUGAACCCCCUGAAGAUAACAAGCAAACUCCAAUGGUGGAGGCAAAUCCCAUCAGAUAUGUUGAUACGGAGUCUAAGGGGCAUCAUAAUCAAGCUACAUACCCCCCAGAGCUGAAUAAGGGAUAUUCAGUAAAAGCUGUCCCUGAUGAAGAUCCUAUGGGUAAAGGCAUACGCUUAAAAGAGGAAACUCACAUCACUACCACCACAAGGAUGGUCUAUCACAAACCGUCUGGAAGUGAAGCAGUCUCCGAGAGGUGCGAGGAAACUAUGUCCGUUCACGACAUCAUGAAGGCUUUUCAAUCAGGGAAGGACCCUUCUAGGGAGCUCGCUGGACUUUUUGAGCACAAAACGAGCAAUGAAGAAACAUCACAAAGAGUCCUUGAAGACAUCAAACCAAAGGUUGAAAGAAUAAUUGAGGUGCACAUUGAAAAGGGCAAUAAAACGGAACCGACAGAGGUCAUCAUCAGAGAGACCAAGAACCAUUCUGAAAAUGAGAUGUAUUACUACCCAGGAACUAGGAAAGAAGAUUGGGAACCAGAGGAGCCACCUACAUAUCUUGACGCCUCCAGAUUCAACCCCAUGUCACAAGAAGAUAGUCGUCCUAGCUCAGCCCAACUAAUGGCAGAUGAAUCGUAUAAAACCUUAAAAUUGCUUAGCCAGCAAUCUGUGGAGUACAAUGAGGAUGAAUCAUCAGAGCUAAGGGGAGGGUCUUAUAAUUUUGCAGAAAAAAUGUUACUCUCUGAUCAAUUUGACCAGUCCCAUCCUGACAUUGAGGAACAUGUUAAAGAGAGGUCUCACAUCCACUCACCAGACAGAAGUGAGGGUAGAUCAGGAGGUCCAAGAACAGAAUAUAUAUUUCGCUCGUCGCGAAAUGUGUUUGACGCAUCAGGUAGAAUGGCCAGCGUUGACGACAACUUUGACACAAUGACACUUCUGCAGCAUUCCUCUGAACCUGGUAGCCCAAAGCAGUCAGUCUGGAUGCGUGUAUCAACAGAUGAGACAGACAGAAAGGAGAGAGAACAACUUAUUUACGAGGAAAGAGUAGACAGAACGGUAAAGGAGGCAGAGGAAAAGCUCAGUGAGGUCUCGCAGUUCUUCAGAGAUAAGACAGAGCAGCUUAAUGAUGAACUCUCCUCGCCCGAAAAGAAGUCUCGCAGGCCAGACUUUAGAGAAUCACGAUCAGGGCCUAGUUCUACACACAGCAGCCCAGAGAGAUCAGUGUAUAGAAAUGGAGCCAGUGGGGAAGAGUGGAGCAGAGAAAGACUAAGGGACAGGUUUGGCGCUAGUGAAAGAAAAUGUGCCAGUUUACCCAGCAGCCCAGAGAGGAGAGUACUGCUACAGUAUAGUGACUCAGAUGCCAGAGAUGGCAAAUCAAAUGCAAGUGAAGUUUCAAAACCUUUUCAAAUGUCUUCAUCCAAAGUCAGUGCAGUGAGGCUUAAGUUCGAACAAGAGGCUCAAAAACAAGGUAGGGUUUCUCAGGUUGGUCCAAAUCCAAAUCCCCCUAUUAGGAAGCUUCACGAAAGUAAGCUACCCGUGUACCAGGUAUUUGCAGGUUCAAACAUUCCAAGCACACCAGACAGUCCAUUAAACCAGAGAAGAGCUCUUGAAAGCGAGUCCAGGUUCUCACCCGGGCAACAAUCUAGUGAAAAGAAUCCGGAAGACAAGAAAUCAUUCAAAACAUGGGAGAGCCAGGGCUACGGGACCUAUAAACCUCAAUCUCCAAAAUUAGCUCAUUCAUUAGGCCACGACUCUAUAAAAGAUGACAAUAACAGUGAGUCUCAAAGACAAGAAACGUCAAAGAAAAUCAUUUACACUGAAUUUGUUGUUAGAGAGAAUCAAAAUAGCAAUGAUGGUCUAAAAAAAAACUCGGAAUCUCAAAUUCCGGUAAGAAAGCCAUCUAAUUUAUCAGAAAAUCGCAGUUCCCCAUUUUUAAAGUUAGAUGCCUCUGUUGAAUCACAUGAGAAGGAUGGCUCUCGUACGCCGAUCUUAGCCCGAAACCCGAUACAUAGUAGCUUUGAAUCCAACAAAUCUACUUGUGGAUCGUCGGGAAAGUCCACAGACUCAGACUGUAGCCAGUCCAAUAUCACAUGUAACGGUCUUGACAGUGACCAAGUAGAGUAUUUGGAUCACGGAGCCCCUGUAGUUGUCACUGAAGGUUUCAAAGAUAUCAAACCUUUACCUGUGUAUGUCAGCAUUCAAGUGGGUAAGCAGUAUGAGAAAGAAACAGCUUCUGGGCAACUGGGAACCUACAAAAAAAUAGUAAGCCAUGAGAGUAGGACAGUACACGAGACCAGGGGAACGUUUUACAGUGCCAAACAAAAGCAGUCUACAUCUCCACAAGGUGGCCCUGAAGAUGGCACUCUAGAACAAGUGACAUUCAUAGACAGCUCUGGAAAGAGUCCUGUUACCCCCGAGGCCCCAAGCUCAGAGGAAGUUAGCCUGGCCUCCAGAAUGCCUGACUCUGUGAUAGGCUCCAUGACUGGCAUGCCAAGUCCUAUCCCAGAGGAGUCUGAAGAGGAAGACGGGAAGACUUUUAUCUACAAAGAGACUUUGAGGGACAAAUCCAAGCAACCAUCCUCAGAGAACCACAGUAAGAAACAGGAAGCAGAUCAACACAAGUCCAAGGGGAAAAGAGUUCCUUAUAUAGAGUUUCCCCCACCCCCUCCUUUAGACACCGAGCAGUCCGACCCUGAGAAAAGAAAGUCUUGUGCAUCCUCUGAGACAGAAACGGAGAUGAUGGAAGUAAACCUUCAAGAGGAGCAUGACAAGCACCUCAUAGCCGAGCCAAUCAUCAGGGUCCAGCCUCCAUCCCCCAUUCCUCCCGGAGCCGACAACAGUGAUUCCAGUGAUGACGAGUCUGUCUUCCAUCCCAUCCCUGUCAAAAGGUACACUUUCAAGAUGAAAGAGGAGGGGGACAAACGCUCAAAACCCAGAAGAUCAGAGAAGAAUGGAAAUAAGGAAUCUAGCGUCAAUGGAGUCGUAAAGGAGGAGGAUGUAGACAUGGAACAAAAUGGGAAUGACCAAUCAAUCACUGACUGCUCCAUUGCAACCACUGCUGAGUUUUCCCAUGACACUGAUGCUACUGAGAUCGACUCAUUAGAUGGUUACGAUUUCCAGGAGGAUGACGAUGGACUGAGCGAGGAUCUAAAAACAUCCAGUCUGUCCAACGAUGGAAAAGCAGCUGAACGCUCAUUUGGUCAGUCCAAGCUCGAAGUUAUAGAGGAAGAAAAGUGUGAGGAAGGGGGAAAUCAUGGAACUUCUAAAGCCAACCCGUCUUCAUCAAAAAGCAGUGGAGAGGAAGACUUCACUGUUGAAGGAAGACACCCAGAAAGGCAGAGCUUCGAUGACAACUACUUUGGCCACCAACUUGAAGAGGAGCUAAACGCAACCUUUAAAACAGUAGCCACAAAAGGCCUUGACUUUGACCCCUGGUCCACCAAAGGAAGCGAUAAUGAGGGAGUUUACGAGUCCAAAACCAAAGACGAAGACCCUAAGCCCUUUGGUUUGUCGGUGGAGGACAAAUCACAGGCCACAACACCCGACACAACCCCUGCUCGAACGCCGACUGACGAGAGCACACCAACUAGUGAGCCUAACCCCUUCCCUUUCCACGAAGGGAAGAUGUUUGAGAUGACCCGCAGUGGUGCUAUUGACAUGAGCAAGCGGGACUUUGUUGAAGAGAGGCUUCAGUUUUUUCAGAUUGGUGAGCAUUCCUCUGACCCUCUAACAGGGGAAAAGGGGAGAGGGGGCAAGAUCCUGGGUGUAGUUUCCUCACAGUCAAAAACAGGGGAGAGGGCCACAAUAGAUGGGAAGGUGACGGUUAUAGAUACAACCACAGGCAACAGCAGCAGCACAACACCAGCAGCAACAGCCAAAUGCAGCCCUUCACACCCUGGCAGUGACACUGGCAAUGCUGGUAUCGAAGUACCCACCUGUGAAGCCAUAGCUGAGACCGCAUCCUCAUGCACAAUUACAGCCUCCAAGGUUGACCCCAAAUUACGCACCCCCAUUAAGAUGGGCAUAACCGCCUCUAUUACUGUGAAAAAAGACUCAGGGGAUCUUGGGGAUUUUAAAACUGAGAUAUCGGAGGGCCAGGUAGUGCCAGAAUACAUCAGCAUAGAAGGCCAGUGUACAGAGAGGCAGACUAGUAAAGACACAGAGGCCAAUUCAGAGAAAAGAGAUUACCCCACUGAAAACUGCAACAACAACAAUAACCUCGAGUCCUCUAGCAUUCAGGCCAACUACAUUCAGUGCGGCAGUGUAGUGUUCAACCUGCAGUCCUCCUCUGAGCCCACACUUCAGAAAGCAAGCAGGGUAGAGACACUGUGUUGUAGGGAUUUAGAAGAGAAAGUAGAUAUAAGAAGUCAAGUGCAGCAGCAAAGGGAACCAGUUAAAGACAGUGAAGUGAAGCUCCCCAGAUCCAGGCUUCCAGUGAAAGCAUCAGGGAGAUCGUUGCACACCCAGGGAACAGCCAUAGGCAAGCAGAAGCCCAAACAAGCAGUGACAAUUGAGACUAGGAAAAGAGGAGCACCAGCCAUUGCCAAAGUAGAACCCAGGUCUAGAAUACCAAUCAAAGACAUUAAAAAGAGCAGUGCCACAGCCACAGUUAGCACACCUCAAUCAGUCAGGGUUAGAUCAGUGCCAACAAGGCCGCUGGGUACAGAAAGAGCAGCCAUUAAGUUGCCCUCAAGGUUACCAUUGAAGGAUAGGCAUCAGGUCAGCAAGGUCUCGAGCCAGAGGGCGUCCAGACAGGAGAAGCCUAGCGAGGUUUGCAAGCGCACCAUUGAAUACUUUAAAGACAUUAGCGGAGAGACAAUAAAGUUGGUGGACCGGCUGUCUGACGAAGAGAAGCAGAAGCAGACAGAUCAGUCGGAGGAAGACAGCACCUCCCGGAGCACAUCUCUGUCAGACACCUCGCAGCCUUCUCAACCUUCCCAGCCCUCCCACUCGUCCAGGUCUGGUAAAGGUUCGAGGGCUGAGGCCGGGGCCCCGUCCGUAGGGGCAAAGAUGGCGACGACGGACAGGGCCUCUGGCAGUCAGAGGAGCAGGAGGAGUAGGCGGACUGGUGGGAAGGAGGGCAGUCAGGGACUCGCAGGGUCUCGAACACCUCCCAUCGCAGAGAUCAAGCCUAGUCCCCAGAGCCCUUGUGAGCGAACGGAUUUGCGUAUGGCCAUCGUAGCAGAUCACCUGGGGCUCAGCUGGACAGAGCUGGCUCGGGAGAUGAACUUCACAGUGGACGAGAUCAACCACGUCAGAUUAGAGAACCCCAACUCACUGACAGCACAGAGCUUCAUGCUCUUAAAGAAGUGGGUCAGUCGCGAAGGGAAAAACGCCACAACGGACUCCUUGACUGCAGUGCUGACCAAAGUCAAUCGGAUGGAUAUUGUGAAUUUGCUGGAGGGCCCGAUUUUUGACUAUGGUAACAUUUCCGGCACGAGAUGUUUUGCCGAUGAUCACACGGUUUUCCGGGAUCAGGCUGACGAUUAUCACAGCAUUCUAGCUGAGUUGCAUUCCCCCGCUGCGCUCCACUUCGACCCUCAUUUCCUGUCGCCCCAACUCCCCGUCACACCCAGCCCUUCUCCCGUCCACCACCGCCAUCCACAGCCCCAACCCUGGACCCUGGAGGUAGAUAGUGGACAGCCAGGCAGCCCACUUAGACCGUGUCAGCUAGACCUAUCCGUCCCGGUCUUUGAGCUCCCCAGUCCUGUCCCGUCCAAGGUGCGGAAGCCCCACAUCGCGCUCAACGACCAGCUGCUUUUGAGCGAAGACGAGGACCGGUUUUACCAAGACAUGGGGCCGCCGAGCCCCAAGGCCAAGUCGCACCCUGUCCUUGCCAUGUGUGAGUUAGACAUCAGCAUGACCUACUCCACAUCUUCUUCUUCACUCUCGCCAUCUCUAAGCCCUUCGCCGCUUGGUAGCACACGCAGAAGUGAGAAGGAAGUGGUAGCAGAGGGCUUUGUGGAAAAGUGGGGACGUCACCACUUGAUUAAAGAUGUGGAGAAAAAAUGUGAGAUGGUGUCAACAGAUAGGUUGGUCGAGGAAGCUGACAUUGGUACAACACAUAGGUUGGUCGAGGAAGCUGACAUUGGUACAACACAUAGGUUGGUCCAGGAAGCUGACAUUGGUACAACACAUAGGUUGGUCCAGGAAGCUGACAUUGGUACAACACAUAGGUUGGUCGAGGUAGCUGACAUUGGUACAACACAUAGGUUGGUCCAGGAAGCUGACAUUGGUACAACACAUAGGUUGGUCCAGGAAGCUGACAUUGGUACAACACAUAGGUUGGUCGAGGAAGCUGACAUUGGUACAACGUAUAGGUUGGUCGAGGAAGCUGACAUUGGUACAACGUAUAGGUUGGUCGAGGAAGCUGACAUUGGUACAACACAUAGGUUGGUCCAGGAAGCUGACAGUGGUACAACACAUAGGUUGGUCGAGGUAGCUGACAUUGGUAAGGAAGGGACAGGAGUGGCUGAGGUCAAGAAGGUAGAAGGAACUGUCCACCAUGGGUACAAAAUGGAUGCUGCGGACCUCUCCUCCAAGGAAUGGGCUGAGGCACUUUGGGACCGCCAGUCCGCCGAGUAUGGAUCUCUGGAGGAGGAGGAGGAGGGUCGAGAUGAAGAGCUGAAGACCAAAGAAGGCUCGGAGGACGAGGAGGAGGAGGAGGAGGACCGGCAUACCAAGAAUGGCCAGGUUGUGGCUCAUGACCAACAGACAGACAAAGACGUGUGCUCGCUUUCAGGUUGGCCCAGUGAAUCUUCUAGCGUCAACGUGGAGCCGCCCACGCCGGGCCGCAGCGUCAGCUCCGAGCUGCCGGACAGGCGGGAAAGCCACGAGAUCUCUAGCGACUCCAUCACGUCCUCGUCCAGAGCGGACCCGGGGAGGUCCCGGCACAACGGGGAAAACUCCAAGAACUCACCUCAGGACGCCUCGUCGGAGUCAGCGAGCGGCAGAAAAGAAGAAGAAGGAGCGCUGGUGUCGGAGAAGAAAGUCCAGCAGCGUCUUGGUUCAGAUUCAGGCUCUGAAGAAGAACAGACUGUAACUACCAGGAUCUUCAGGCGACGUAUCAUUUUAAAGGGCGAGGAAGCCAAAAACUUAACAGGCGAGUCGGUGACGGAGGAGCACUACUUCGACGACGACGGGAACCUGAUCAGUCGAAAACAGGUCAUCAGGCGGGUCAUUCGCCGGAUGUAUGCUUCCACCCCGGACCACAGUCCGGUCCUGCAGGACCACGGGCCCGAGAAGGAAGGCGGGUCGAGGAAUAGUCGGCGGAAUGAGGACAGGAGGCCGGGAGACAAGAAGUUUCACUCAUAGGAGGCUUGCUCACCUGCCAGCCACGCGGGGAUCAUAGUCCACGGUCAGGUCUUACCGAGGACUGGGGGCGGGGGGGGGGGGGCGGCCAAGACUCCGGCCAGGAUCUGCUUCCACCAACACGGGUCGACGCCCCCUUCCGGUCCCGACUCGCUCCCAGUCCGUCACACAUCGCCCGGGAGGUCGCCGCGCCAAACUCCUCCCCUUUUCUGUGGCCUGCGGGACUUUGGCGCCGGCGAAGGCGACACGCGAGCGCAUGAAGACGUCACACUUUCAACACCGGCCUUAUGGUUUCUUUCUUCAACCCACUUUUCUCUUCCUUUUUUUACACUUCCUGUCCAAAGAGGCAGCAGGUGGACACUUCUUAAAUACGACUGGUCAGGGGUCUUUUCCACUUUUAAAGCUUGGAGUGUAACAUAGAGCAGUAUAAAUAAUAUUUCUACAUGGGGGGGGGGGCGGUUUGAUUUGACCUUUUUGAAUUUCCAGUGUUCCCACAGCGGGGAUUCUAAUCCUGCGAGCCUUUCUGCAGACUUUUUUCCACGCAUGCCCUCCACGUUAUUUUAAGUACGAUUUCUACCAGUUUGCAAACACGCCCUUUUAUCUGUAGUCCUGUCAUGGAUCUAUAUUCCUAGAAACAUUGAUGCAUUUAUCACGUUGGGGUUAAGGGGACAAAUUAGCUUCCUGACGGGUGUGUGUGUGUGUGUGUGUGUGUGUGUGUGUGUGUGUGUGUGUGUGUGUGUGUGUGUGUGUGUGUGUGUGUGUGUGUGUGUGUGUGUGUGUGUGUGUGUGUGUGUGUGUGUGUGUGUGUGCAGCUCGAGAGCGAAAUGUUGAAUGUAAGUAAAAAUGUAUUGUGGCGAUAAAAGGUGUUAAGUUUGUACACUUUUAGACUGAGCGUCCAAAUUUGACUAAAGUAAGGGCAUUUUUUUCCUCCUCCAAUCAGGUUCCACUAUAAGAUUGUUGGGAGCUCUCAAUACUCAAAAAAAAACAACAAAGAAAAACCACACUGGAUGGGAGAAAAAUGUUCAAGCUGAUGCUGUGUGGAGCUUUUAAUGUCUUUUGGUUUCACGCUACGCUGAUGUCCCCUGCAGUGGACAUUAGUGACAUUAUUGACUUCUUCCUCAUCACGAGGGCGACGCCAUCCUUUGGUGUUCCACGGCGUGUUUUCGCCCAAAAAGGAGUUUUUGAUGUACAAAUCUUUACUAACGAGAGUGAAGCCAUUCGGACGUAAUAACGAUUCUAGCACUUUGGUUACCUUUUAGAGGCGAUAGCAGCGAUGACCACCGUAUUGUUUCAAGAAAAAAAGAAUUAAAAAAAAGAACCUUAAAAAAAGGAGAAAAUAAAAAUUUGCAUUGAUUUUGCAAAAAGGGGAGUUUGUGUGGUCUUUUUGUGUGGCGGUGGAAUAUCCCAGGUUCCAUGAAUGCAUCACUGUAAAGGGAGACGUGACAAUUAUUUAUUUGUUAAAUAAAAUGAAGCACUUGGGUCAGCUUUUAUCAGGUCUAGACUUGUAGUCUUGUGGGAGACCAGGCCUAGAAGAUAGGGACCAGUUUCAGGCUUGUACAAGACCUAAUUACUUAGGCUUGUUGCAGGUCUUUGACUGAAGAUUUAGGGUUCAUACUAGACCUUUA